GCACUAACACACACACACACACACACACAGGCGCAGACAGACGCACACAUAGACACGCUGAGCUAUAGUCCAAAGGUCCAGACACACUCGAGGAACCACACACACACACAUACUUGAGGAGCCAGACACACACACACACACACUCGUGGAUCUUGACACACACUCUCUCUGUCUCGGAGUGCGGAGCGAUGGCGGUGACCAAUUUCCAAUACAUCACCCGCAUGAACAGUGGCUUCAAGGUCUACAUCCUGGAGGGUCAGCCGCACCUUCGGAGUGAGGACAGGUUCCGACAUGUGACCAGCGAUCGGAUGCGCAUGAUUCCAGCUCGGCCAAUCAAACGCAAGCACAGCUCGGAACGCGGCCUGACUCUGGAGGAGAGGAGGGAGCGCGUCCUGAGUAAGCAUGCGGCGGCCGUGCGGAGGUCCUCAGUCAACAGCGUUCCGGAAAGCCCCUCCCCUUCCUCCUCGUCCACUUCCUCCUUUAGUCCCGCCUCCAGCCCGCUUCGGCCAAUCACAGGCUGCCCCAUCUUUAGCCCCUCCCACAGUCCGCUGCAGCUGCCUGCAUGCUCCGCCCCUAUGCUGGAUGAGCCGCUCGCCCUCAUCAAGAAGCCGAGACGAGACUCCGCCUCCGACCGCGAUGAUGUCACACCCGCCUCACUCACGGCCCGGGACCGGCCCAGACUCACCGCCAGCGCCCCCUCCAGCCAGAUACAGAUGCGGCCCUCUGUGAUCACCUGCGUUUCCUCGGCAACCAGACCUCGUCAUGACAACCAGACCCUGCAGCACUGCAGUCAGACCACAGUGGUGUCAGGCCAGAGUGUGGAGGAGCAUUUCCAGCGCAGUCUAGGCCCCAACUACCACAAGGCUGCCUCUCCCAACCGACCAAUCAACACUAAGCCCGCCUCUCCCAACCGACCAAUCAGCAUGAAGCAUGCAUCUCCCAAUCAACCAAUCAACGCGAAGCACGCUCCACUGCCCAUCGGCGUCUCCGUUGACGACCACUUCGCCAAGGCCCUCGGAGAAAAGUGGCGGCAGCUGAAAAGAUCAUCUUCCUCCUCCUCAUCUUCCUCCUCAUCCUCAUCCUCCUCUUCCGCCACACACACACACUCCAACCCCACACACACACACAAGAGCCCCUCACACACACACGCCCGCACCCCCACUCUCUGGAUCAUCAAAUGAGAAGGGAUCCUCGAUCUGUGCUUCUGGCCUCGCAUUUCACGGACUCCAAUAAAGUUUCCCCGCUGUCUACUGUCAGCCUAGCCACAACAACUUUUGGGGGACUAUUCUUCAUUCACCAUCCCGUUCGAAAAUGAGAAAAUGCCUUUUAGAAUUUAGCUUUUAUCGCAAGAUAUUGAAAUACAAUUCCGCCACAAGUAGGCAAGUGAGCAUGGUAGGACGGAGUCUGCAUAUUAGAGAGAACCCCUUUCCUCAUCUGAACAAAACAAAGGGACCAUUGGAACCCCCUGCCUAAUGUGUACAAACCAAAGGGACUAUUGGAAUCUUGCAAGGGCUGAUGGGACUGUGGAGGACUAUCAACACACUGAUUUGAGAAUUGACGGUCUGCAUAUGCACACACUCACACACACACACACACACUGUCUCAUCUCAUACAUCGUCAUGGGAACCAAAUACUUUUUUAGGAUCUAUUUCAAAGAAUGCUUAUUGAUUUGUUCAUUGAGGAUCUGCAUAUUCAC